AUGACCAACAACGACGCAACCAAGACCAACGGCGCCAACGGCGCCAACGGCGAUGCCGCCAAGAACUCGUUCGCCGUCAAGGCCGGCCUCGCGCAGAUGCUCAAGGGCGGCGUCAUCAUGGACGUGACGGAUGCGGCCCAGGCCCGCAUCGCCGAGGAGGCCGGCGCCUGCGCCGUCAUGGCCCUGGAGCGCGUCCCCGCCGACAUCCGCAAGGACGGCGGCGUCGCCCGCAUGUCUGACCCGGCCGUCAUCAAGGAGAUCCAGGCCGCCGUCACCAUCCCCGUCAUGGCCAAGGCCCGCAUCGGCCACUUUGUCGAGUGCCAAAUCCUCGAGGCGCUCGGCGUCGACUACAUUGACGAGAGCGAGGUGCUCACACCCGCCGACAAGGUCUACCACGUCGAAAAGUCCGACUUCAAGGCCCCCUUCGUCUGCGGCUGCAGGAACCUCGGCGAGGCGCUGCGCAGGAUCGCAGAGGGCGCCGCCAUGAUCCGCACCAAGGGCGAGGCCGGCACCGGCGACGUUGUCGAGGCCGUCACCCACGUCAAGACGGUCACCAAGGACAUUGCGCGCGCCAAGGCCAUCCUCCAGACCGAGGGCGUCAUUGGCAUCCGCGCCAUGGCGAGGGAGAUUGGCGUCGACCCUACGCUCCUGCAGCAGACCGCGGAGCUGGGCCGUCUCCCCGUCGUCAACUUCGCCGCCGGCGGUGUCGCCACCCCCGCCGACGCCGCGUUGAUGAUGCAGCUCGGCUGCGAUGGCGUCUUUGUCGGCAGCGGCAUCUUCAAGUCCGGCGACCCGGCGAAGCGCGCCAAGGCCAUCGUGAGAGCGACCACGCACUACAAGGACGCCAAGGUCCUCGCCGAGUGCAGUGAGGGCUUGGUGAGGCCAUGGUCGGCAUCAACUGCGACAGCUUAA